AUGGGCCUAAUCCAUCAGUCUUUGGAACUUAUGUGCAGCGUUCCUGAACUUGUGAAGAAAAGUCCGCUUUUUCAAGCUUCAACAGACAAGACCGAACUGGUUCAUUCGUAUUCAUUCAAGCGAGCUAGAGGCGCCUCUUCUUCCAAGAACUAUCCCUUGGCAAAGGAAACACAGCAGCCCAUCCUUACAAACAAGAAUGAAAGUAAUGGUGUCAGGACCGAAUUGCCACAUUAUCGCCAUAACAGCAACUCUGCGCUCACUCUUUUAAAGCUCGUGACGGGGAGCCUCGGCAGAGGGAACAAUGAUCAGAGAAAAAAGAAGAAUCAACAGAAACUUCAAGUUAAGGGAGAAAAGAAAAAAACUGUAUGUGCGGAGGAUGAGCAGAUAGACCGCAAGUCGCCCAUUCAAGCCACAACAAUGAACAGUAGCUUGAUAACCGAUAGCAUAACCUGGGAUGCAGCCAGCUCGGGCCCCUCAAGCAGCAUAGCAUAG